CCCGAGCUCAGCUGUUUCUGUUUACCAAACAAAGGAGUCAGUCGAACGGUAGACAGCGAGCGAAGCGUUCUCGUUCGCGGUGGUGAGAACGCGAGCGCUGUCACCUACGUCCAAGUUCUAUAUUUUUGCAUUCUUACAUCCGUAUUUCCACGUCGACAUAAAAAUCCAAGAAAUUUCAGCAGACGGAAAAUAUUGAAGGAGACAUUCGUAGGAAACUCUCCGUUAUUUACGAGAAGAAAAAAAAUCGUGUGCGCGGUCUUUUGCUUUCCUGUCGCGAUCGGAGUCGCGUAAAAUCGGUGGGACUCGCGGGUUCUCGGGGAAAAUUUUCCGCAGGGCAGUGUUCGCCAGAACAACAUUCGUGAGUGUCUAUGUGUUGUGUUCAAGUUAAACACAAGUCGGGAAAACAAAUGGUGUAAAGAUGCCGUCGCUGUUGGAAGCACUGGAGCUGAAGUACGGAAGUUCAACGACGGAUUGUUCGUUGACGGACGAGGAGACGGAAUCGGGUUCCCCGAAGUCGUCGGCACUGUCGAUAAGCAUUUUCAUACCGAAGAAGUCGCCGCGUCACACGGUUCCGGCGUUGCUCAUAUUGCAGGACUGUGACAUCGAGUGCGCGGGAAACGACUGCGAGAAGUUGCGGACGAAAUGUCGUAACGUCGAGGAGCUCGAUUUGGCGCAGAACAAACUGUCCCAGUGGGACGAAGUUUUCGGGAUUUUACGUCACAUGCCAAAGAUCAAAUUUGUCAAUUUGAGUUUCAACUGUUUGGCCGAUACUUUGAUGAUCAAGGAUGGCAAUUACAAGUCUUUGAAAAAUUUGGUUCUGAACGGUACCCGCGUGACGUGGUCGACGGUUCAAGACCUCGCGAUAAUCCUCGAAAACCUCGAGGAGCUUCAUCUGUCGUUGAACGAAUACAGAACCGUCGAGCUCGCCCAUACGAAACCGGAAGUGCGAAACGAGUCCCUGAAGAAGCUCCACUUCACCGGAAACCCCAUUGAAACUUGGUCCGAAAUAUCCAAGUUGGGCUACGUUUUUCCUCGACUCGAGAGCCUCGUCCUCGCCGAAUGUCCCAUUCGCUCGCUCGCCUGUCACGAAGAAAACCUCAACGACACUGCCCCCAAACAGCAACAGCAACAACAACAACAAAAUCCGAACACGAAGGACGACGACGAGAAUGAAAACACUCGGAGAGAUAGCAGCGCCUCUACCGGCCAGCAGAACGGAUGUGACGAGGACAAAGAAAAAACUUAUAACCGGACGGAGAGCGAGUGCGAGAGCAGCGCCAAUAAAAUUCCUUCGUCCCACGAUCCCUUCAGAAUGCUACGAUUUCUCAACGUCAACGGCACUCUCCUCUCCACUUGGGACGACGUCGAAAGACUCGCGAGAUUCCCGGCCCUCAAAUCCCUCAGAAUGCAGGGCUGCCCUCUCUUCGAAAGCCCGAGAGAAUACACCGAGCACGAAAGACGACAAUUGCUAAUCGCGCGACUCCCCAACGUUGAAACUUUGAACGGUGGCGGAGUGAUUUCUUCCCAGGAGAGGGAAGAUGCCGAGCGAGCUUUCAUUCGUUAUUACAUGGACAAACCGGAGGCCGAUAGACCCGAAAGAUAUUCGGAGCUCGUGGGUAUUCAUGGAAAAUUGGAUCCUCUGGUACACGUGGAUCUGACACCGGAGAAAAGAGUCAAGGUCACGUUCACUUACGGCGAUCUAGUUGAGGUACGUUCAGUGGACGUUUACAGAACGGUUUUCGAGUUGAAAACAAAACUGGAAUCGAUGGUUAAAAUUCCAGCGAAUCGAAUGAGACUUUUCUACGUUGAUCAGGUGAUGAAAGCCCAGUAUGGUCCAGAGGAAAUGCUGUACCCGAACAAGCAGCUUUACCGAUACAACAUAAGAAACGGGGACGAAAUAAUAAUCGACAGCAAAUUGAAUCGUCUCGUGUCAAGCUCGUCGAGCACGUCGUCAAUUCGAUCUUGAAGAGACCAUCAAAAUUAUUCAGAAAUCAUCGAAGAAGAGAGAGAAAGAGAGAUUGUUCCUGACGAAAUUUCGUGACAGCCGCGCGGAGUCGCGAAGUCGCGUCAAUUGGCCAAAAGUCUUUCUUUAUCUCGCAAUAAAAGUAAAACAUAGAGAAAAAACGAAACGUUUACUUAUCGUUGAAAUCGAUUGAACGAAGACAUUGAGCGAUUUCAUUAGCCAGAGCUUUUUCUAUUCAUCUUAUUCGUAAGUUAUUCAUUAGAGACUUUCUCCAUGGAAUAUUUUCUUGAUGCAAUUGUUUUCCGUGCGUUUAAAAGAAAGAAAAAACAAUUGGGGACCUCAGUUUUUGCCAAUGUUCAAUCGAAUCGUCGCUUUUCCCCCUAUUGUUUUUUAAUAUCUCUCAUCUUGUGCGAUAAAUAUUUGGUAAUUUUAUUUUAUUUUUCAAUUCUUUCGAAUCGAGAGUAAGGGAUCGUUCUCGCAUCGCAGAGUCUGCAGGCCACGAAUAAUAAUUAUAUUUCUCAUAAGCACUGUUGCACGGAAGUAUUUUUAUAAACCGUGUCAAAAACAAAAGUAAUAAAAGUCGCUGCACGAACAACGACGUCCGGAUUCAUGGAAAAAAUAAAAAACCAUUAAAAAACUGUGAUUACAGAGUGCAGAGGAAAAAUGGUACUGCGCGUCACCGAAUUGUACGUCCGUAGUAGGAUUUAAAUAAUGAAUAGCGAGAGAAAGAGAAAGAAAGAAAAACAAAAAAGGCCAUGCAUAAUUGCUCCGCGAAACCGUCGAUUGUUACGUUCGUAGAUUCCGACGACGAUUUAAAAAUGUACACUUCUUCAUCCACCGAGCUCAACAUUUCAGUUUUUAUUUCAUAAUGAAAACAAAAAAAUAAUAAAAAUAUCGUUGAAGAACAUGAACUAUCAUUGCCACGUUUUCAAAAAUUUCAUUUUCAUCCUAAAACGUAAUUUAAAAGAAUUUUAGAUGGAAUGAUUCGUGAAAUUUCGUACAGAGUUAUUAAAAUAAUGAAAUAUAAAGUAUCGAAAUACUUCGUUGGAUGAAAGUCGUACGGUUUUGGUUGAGGAAUUUAUCGAAAAACGAAUGUGUAACGAAGAGUAUGAGUGUGAAGAGAUUGAGAGAAAAAAAACUUUUAGUGCCUGCCUGAGCGUAAUUUGGACGCGUCUAACACUGCCCUUGUAAAUAUUUAACUAAAAUACGAAAGUCCUUCCCCUCGCCCUGCCCUUCGCUCUCCGCCCUAGCCUAUUUCUCGCAAAAUGUGUAAAUAAACGCGACCGACAUUAUUAAACCGAGUCUGAAAUAGAGGAAAUUUAUUGCGACAUAGAAAAUAUCUUGUUAUAUAUACGAAUAUACAGUAACUAAUGAAAACAAUUGACGAGAAUUGAGAUUUGGAGAACUCCGAGUGAAGGAAAUUUUGUUAAAAUUGAGUAAUAAAUGAUGGGUCGCCAUUUAUUGAGAUGCAAUGAAACGAAAAUUUAGUGUAAUCGAUUUUUGUUUUUUCAUCAGCGUACAUUUUUGGUGAUUCCGAAAUGAAAAGUUCUCAAUACUGACAUUAAAACGUUGACGAUUCAACUUUAUUGUGGCAAGAGUGUUUAUGAAAUUCGAAAAUUUUCAACAAUUUCGGCGUGCACGUACACGCGCGCGUGUGUGUGUGUAUGUGGGAAAAGAAAACAAAACGAAAAAUUAUUGUACUUUGAGGGUAAAAAAAUAGUCUGGAAAGUGUGAGCUUGAACAUUCGAAGGAGUAAAAACGAGCCUCUGGGGGAAUCCCCGUUCUGUAAUUGAUACUGAAAAAUGUCUAGUCUCGUGUUAAAGCGUGGAAUAUAACUGAUGGGGAUAAUUUCAGAACUGCUUAAACCUUCGAAUUUUCUCAAAAUUCUCAUUCUCUUUGACUGUCACCCUCCACCAAAUCGUUUCCUUGAAUUUUUUUUUGUGCUGGCGCAAAUGUAAACGAACUAACGUAAAAUAAAUCAUUUCGAUACAUAAUAUAAA